GUUAGGAAAAUGCCUCCUAAAGCAAGUGGAAAAGCUGUGAAGAAAGCUGGCAAAGCACAGAAAAACAUCAGCAAGACCGAUAAGAAGAAGAAGAGGAGGAGGAAAGAAAGCUAUGCAAUCUACAUCUACAAAGUGUUGAAGCAAGUCCAUCCUGACACUGGUAUUUCCAGCAAGGCGAUGAGCAUCAUGAACAGUUUUGUGAAUGACGUCUUUGAGCGGAUUGCUGCUGAAGCCUCACGCUUAGCUCAUUACAACAAGAGAUCGACCAUCACAUCUCGGGAAAUCCAAACGGCCGUCAGACUUUUGUUGCCUGGUGAAUUAGCGAAGCAUGCUGUUUCUGAAGGCACCAAAGCUGUUACCAAGUACACCAGUUCGAAGUAA